AUGGCCGCUACCAGGACGUCGUCGUCUACACUCAGCCCGAAGUCCGCCAGUCCCGGCCUUUCAGUCCGCACUGGCCGUGACCGUAGCAGCAGCAUUGUCAAGAUCGAGAAGGUUGGUGAGGAGUCCCAGGAGGAAGCUCUGGACCAAGGCGUGUAUGACAACUUGAACGCGGAGUGGGUGAACCGUAAAGGUGCAUGGCUGAUUCAUCUUGUUCUCAUCUUGACGGGGAAGGUGGUCAUCGACACCAUCCCCGGGAUGCGGCAAGAGAUUAGCUGGACACUCCUAUCCUAUCUGAUGUUCCAUUAUGUCACGGGAAUCCCCUUCCACUCGGACCUCCACGGGGGCGUAUACGACAACCUUACGAUGUGGGAACAAAUCGACGAAGGCGCGCAGUACACCCCCGCGAAGAAAUGGCUGCUCAUUAUGCCCAUAACUCUGUUCCUUGCAUCAACACACUUCACGAAUUACGACCCAUGGCUGUUCGCAGUCAACCUCACUGCGCUGGUUCUUGUCCUCAUCCCCAAACUCCCAGCAUUCCACCGCUACCGCGUGCGCUUCAUGGUGGACGAGGAGCCGUCCGGCGUCGGCACCCCGACGACGCCCAAUUUCCCCCGUUCUGGAUACGCGACCCCCUCGCGUGGCGGCGUCGCGAUACCGCCCAUCACAGUCAGCGAGGUGGAAUCGCGUCUCUGA